CCUCCAUCCUCGAAACAGUUGCUGUGUGCAUUUUUACUUCCCAGCCCAGAGUCAAGGACAAUUGCUCCGCCCGCGUUCAUCCCUCUCUCCUCAUCGUCACCCAGACUCCAACAUGGCUGAGCAACUGGUCCUCCGCGGCACCCUCGAGGGUCACAAUGGCUGGGUUACCUCCCUUGCCACCUCUCUGGAGAACCCCAACAUGCUGCUCUCCGCCAGUCGCGACAAGACCCUGAUCAUCUGGAACCUUACUCGCGAUGAGCAGGCCUACGGUUACCCCAAGCGCAGCCUUGAGGGCCACUCUCACAUCGUCUCUGACUGUGUGAUCUCCUCCGACGGUGCCUACGCUCUGUCCUCCUCCUGGGACAAGACCCUCCGCCUGUGGGAGCUCUCCACCGGUGAGACCACCCGCAAGUUCGUCGGCCACACCAACGACGUUCUCUCCGUCUCCUUCUCUGCCGACAACCGCCAGAUUGUCUCCGCUUCCCGUGACCGCUCCAUCAAGCUCUGGAACACCCUCGGUGACUGCAAGUUCACCAUCACCGACAAGGGUCACUCCGAGUGGGUUUCCUGCGUUCGCUUCAGCCCCAACCCCCAGAACCCCGUCAUCGUCUCCGCCGGCUGGGACAAGCUCGUCAAGGUUUGGGAGCUCGCUUCCUGCCGUCUCCAGACCGACCACAUCGGUCACACCGGUUACAUCAACACCGUUACCAUCUCCCCCGAUGGAUCCCUCUGCGCCUCCGGUGGCAAGGACGGUACCACCAUGCUCUGGGAUCUCAACGAGUCCAAGCACCUCUACUCCCUCCAGGCCGGUGACGAGAUCCACGCCCUCGUCUUCUCCCCCAACCGCUACUGGCUGUGCGCUGCUACCGCCAGCAGCAUCACCAUCUUCGACCUCGAGAAGAAGAGCAAGGUUGACGAGCUCAAGCCCGAGUUCAUCGAGAAGGGCAAGAAGAGCCGCGAGCCCGAGUGCAUCAGCUUGGCCUGGAGCGCUGAUGGCCAGACUCUGUUCGCUGGUUACACUGACAACAAGAUCCGUGCCUGGGGUGUCAUGUCGCGGGCAUAAAUAUGCUCCAACCCAACCCUUAAAGCUUAAUUAGGAUUUUGGUCGGGGCGGAAAAGUGUGCGAGGAGAGAGAGAGAGAGACAAUAUCAACUUGAACUCAUGUUUGUUAUUUUUUUUUUCUUUUUUUUUUCCCAAGAUCAAAAAUAAAUAAGGGCAGGCAUUGGUUUGGGAUGUAUGAGCCAUGAGCAAAUGAUAAAAAAAGCACUCUGG